AAAAAAAAAAAGAAGUUAAAGCCAAAGAGCACUUCAUCAAAGUCUAAUGCAACAGCCUAAAAUUUCAAAACAGAAAACAGGACAAAGUGAUUCACAGAUGUUAAGCAAUAAAAAAGAGAGUGAAAUCCUGGAAAUAAGGAGAAGGUUUAAAAAAGAAAAAGUCCUCGAUUUAGCAAUUAUGAGAUGGAGGUUUGGAAAAAAAAAAUUUUUUUUUUUUGAGGGAAAGUUUCAUCAGUUAUUAAAAGUGGUUCAGAAUUUCAGUCAGAUGCUAAAGCAAUGCUAUGAAGAAAAAGCUGGAACUGUGUACCACACACGAGUGAUCCAGCUGUAUUUUCAUACGCUUUCUCUGGAAUGCCACAGGAAGGUGCUAAAGAUGUUGCUUUGAUGAUUUAGUUUUGCUAUAUAUAUAUUUUUUUUAUUUAAUAAACUAGGUAUAUGUGCUGUUUUGGCAUCUUUCUGAAUUGGUAAAUAAAUGUUUCUUGAAUAAAUACCAUGAUACGUUUAAGUAUUUCGACAUCUGCUUCUUAAAUGUGAGAUUAUUUGUCCACGGUAUAACUAACCUCCGUGGGUUCGGGUCCCCUCUGUAAAUAAACCAGUUUAGGAUGAAGGGACUUCCCUCUAAGUCUUGUGGUCUCUUUAUCACUUUGUAGGAUUACAGUUGAUUUGCUUUGUGUUUUAAGACUGAAAAUCAUUCUAUUUAAUUUUUGUCAGUUAAAAAAGUCAUUAAGUGUUCAUUUGUCCCCCUUACCACAGAGCGGUGGACAGAAGUUACUUGGAGACCUCUCGGGAUGCGUCUACAACAAAAAAGGGAAAGCCUGGGUCGAGCGGGUUCUGGAUGGAGAGAAUUCAGGGACGGUGGUGCUACGCCCAUACUUCUUCAAAGGACUCGUAUUUCGUAGCAUCAGGACAAAAAAAAAAAAGAAAGCGGUUGCCAAAGUUCCGUCCCCUCACCGGUGGCGUCAGGGCACUUGUGAAAAAUCCUGAUUCCAGGGCCCUGCGCGACGCCAACCCAAUCAAGGUCUCCUGGUUGGAACCCGGAAAUCUGCAUAGAAGAGCCGCAGUCGAGCUGGAGAACGACAGCUGGGAUUUCCCCGCCCCUCGUUUCCGCCAUGUCGCGCGGCUUCGCGCCCUCCUUCCCGUGAUGCCCCGCGUUCGGCCACCGCGGUUGCCAGGCAACGCGCUGUGCACCGCAAGGACCGCGCGGGGGUUCUGCAGGGCGAUGGGGCCGCGGGGCUUCCAGCCACUCCUGCUCCUGCUCCUGCUCCUGGGCUGCUGGAGCCCGGUGAGGGCCCAGACGGGGACCACCCCGGCGGUGACAACGGAGGGCCUCAGCUCCACCGAGGCAGCCCUGGCGACUCUCGGAGCCUCCACGCCGUCUGGGUCCCCUGCCACUCCCAGGGCGCGGGGCCCCUCUUCCGGUCCCCGGCCCACCCCGGUCACGGACGUUGCUGCUCUGUGUGUCUGUGACUUGGCCCCGGCACAGUGUGACGUCAACUGCUGUUGUGAUCCUGAUUGCAGCUCUGUGGAUUUCAGCGUCUUUUCUGCUUGCUCAGUUGCAGUUGUCACGGGUGAUAGCCAGUUUUGCAGUCAGAAAGCAGCCGUCUAUUCUAUGAAUUUUACAGCAGAUCCACCUGAAAGGGUAUUUAAGCUUGUUGAUAAGAUCAAUCCAUCCAUUUUCUGCAUUCACAUUACAAACUAUAAACCUGCGUUAUCUUUUAUUAAUCCUGAAGUGCCUGAUGAAAACAAUUUUGAUAAAUUGAUGAAAACGUCUGGUGGUUUUACACUGAACGCAGAAUCAGACAUUUCUUCUACAGCCAAACUGGAUUCUCCAAAUACUUCUGCUAAAUAUGAGUGUGGUGUUCCUGUGCAGACUGCAGAUUCCUUUCUGAGACUGCCUUCUCCUCUUACGUCAGAGGUGUGCACUGACGACAACCCUGCAGCAUUUCUGGUGAACCAAGCUGUUAAGUGCACCAGAAGGAUAAAUUUGGAACAGUGUGAAGAAAUCAAAGCCCUUAGAAUGGCUUCUUACAGCAGCCCGGAAAUUUUGAGGGUGCCUAAUUCAAGAACAAAGGUCCUUGUCACUGUUCAAUCCAUCGUUGUUCAGUCUCUAAAUCAAACGUUAACCCGACUGGAAGACGCUCAGGUUGAUUUGCAGCCUGCUUUUGUCAGUGCUGGAAAUCUCAAUGUCUGCACUCAUGUUGUUGUUGAGGCCAAGUACAGCCUCACAUAUACAGAUGAAGGUGAAAUAACAAAAGCUGGGCUUUCUCUCCUUCUGGGGACAGUUAGCAGUGGACUUGUUCCAAUCCAACAAAAGUUUGAAAUUCGCUUUAUUCAGCAAAAUACAAAGCCGGUUCCUCUCAGUGGAAACCCUGGUUAUGUUGUGGGGCUCCCGUUAGUGGCUGGAUUUCAGCCUCAGAAAGGGUCUGGGAUUAUUCAGACGACAAAUAGAUAUGGACAACUUACUGUUCUUCAUAGCACAACUGAGCAAGACUGUUUAGCAAUAGAGGGGAUCCGGACCCCAGUAUUAUUUGGUUAUAAUAUGCAUUCCGGCUGUAAACUAAGACUGACCAGAGCUAUCCCGUGUCAGCUCACCAUGCAGAAGGUGAAGAGCCUCCUCAAGGGCCAGGGCUUUCCAGAUUAUGUGGCUCCUUUCGGAAAUUCCAGGGCCCAGGAUGUGCUGGACUGGGUGCCUGUCCACUUCCUCACUCAGUCAUCCAACACGAAGGAUUCAUGCCAGGUCCCGGUGGCUUUGGUUAUAGAGGUGAAGUGGACUAAAUAUGGAUCCUUGGUGAACCCACAGGCUAAAAUCGUGAACGUGACCGCAAACCUCGUUUCAUCCCCGUUUCCUGAGAAUCCAAAUGAAUGUCCUUAAUUGGCUUUAUUCUAAUGCUGAGGCCUGAACUGCUGGUGACUGACCCUUAAAGCCAACCAGAGCCCACAGGGAGAGCCCUUCCCACUGCACACCACUGAAGUCGAUGGUCCUUGGUCUGUGGGUAGUGCUGGAGCCACGCAGGUCAGUAGGAGAGUCUGUGGUCAUACCCACCAGGCCAGGACGAGAGCUUGAUGUCAGAGGACCAGCCUGUCCCCAGCCCAGGCCACAGUCGCUUGCUCGUUCUGACAGUGACCCACAGCCCCUAGUCUAGGGAUUCCCAGCCCUGGCUGGACACCCAAGUCAUUCCCCAUAUUAUAAAUGAAAGCUUCAGUGGCGACUCCGGUGCAGCAGAGCUAUGGACAGGCAUUUGAGGAGCUCUGAACACUUAGUUGGAGCCCUGGUGGCGCAGUGGUUGGGAACUCGGCUGCUAACCAAAAGGUUGGCAGUUUGAAUUUACCAGCUGCUCCUUGGAAACCUUAUGGGACAGUUCUACUCUGUCUUAUGGGGUCGCUAUGAGUUGGAACCAACUCGACGGCAGUGGGUUUGGCAUUUGUUUUUGAACAGUUUGUCCACUGGCCGUCACUCCGUCAACAUAAAAGCACAGCAGAAACAUGGCUUCUCGGAAAAUAAGUCUCCCCAGACCAAUGGAGAAAUAGGAUUUUUACUAGAAAUAAAGCAGUAUUCCUAAGUGUGUUCUCUGGAACCAGAGUUCUGUGCCAAACCAAUAGGGAUUAUUUCCCCGGAGAAAGUGCUCCAUGUUCAAUUUGGAGAACACAAGGUCUCAAAGCCUUUAUUAUGGUAAUGUGUUGUGACCCUCAUUUCUCAACUUAUUCAUACCCCUCUUUGGUGGUCCACCUCCCAAGCUGGGGCUGCUUUUGGGAACACCAAAUUAAAAGCUAGAGGUGUUCUGGAAAGCAAGCUGGGAGGGACGGGUCAGGAUCAGUCCACCCUGUUUCAGGUUUU